AUGAGUCUUACAGAGCAAGUGCAAUCAAUCGACCUCCUUCAGGAUCAAGGAAUCAAUGCUGGGGAUAUAUCUAAGCUCAGAUCUGCAGGUAUAUGUUCAAUUGCGGUAAGUAGUGCUAACCCAUUGGAUCUGUUGCAAGUGUGGCUGAGACUAACCCAUGCCCAGUCUGUUUUAUCUUCAACAAGGAGAAACCUCACUAAGAUCAAAGGAUUAAGUGAAGUUAAAGUAGAAAAGAUUAAAGAUGCAGCUGCAAAGAUUAAAGUAAGUAAAAGACUGCUCCGUUCCGAACUUCGUGAAAACGUGUUCAAAAUUACCACAGGCUCAAGUCAGUUUGACGAAAUGUUAGGAGGAGGAUUAACGUCUAUGAGCAUUACUGAAGUCUUUGGCGAGUACAGGUGUGGUAAAACUCAAUUAUGUCAUACAUUAUGCGUUGCUGCACAGUUGAGUAAAAGUCUUGGAGGGGCAGAGGGUAAAGUUGCAUUUAUUGACACCGAGGGCACUUUUCGGCCAGAAAGAAUCAAGGCCAUUGCCCGGAGAUUUGGCGUCGAUCCAUUGGCUUGUCUAGAAAAUAUAUCCUACGCCCGUGCAUUAAAUAGUGAGCAUCAAAUUGAAUUGGUGGAGCAGUUGGGCGAUGAAUUGGCAACGGGUUGUUAUCGGCUAUUAAUAGUCGAUUCUAUCUUGGCUUGUUUUCGCGUCGACUACUCCGGUCGAGGCGAAUUGAAUGAGAGACAACAAAAAUUGAAUCAGCACUUGGCUUACUUGACGAGGGUGGCUGAAGAUUACAAUGUUGCUGUCUUUUUAACGAACCAGGUUCAAAGUGAUCCUGGGGCCAGUUCAUUAUUUGCUGCUGCCGAUGGAAGGAAGCCGGUAGGGGGUCACGUUCUUGCGCAUGCUUCUGCUACUAGGAUCUUGUUGAGAAAAGGGCGUGGUGAUGAGAGAGUGGGAAAAUUAUUGGAUAGUCCAAAUAUGCCUGAAAGUGAAUGUGUUUAUGUUAUUGGCGAAGGUGGAAUUAAGGAUAGUGAGUAG